GCCUCUCCCGCCAACCACAGGAGCCGGCCUGAUUCGCUCAGGAGGCGGGGCCGAGCCUCCCUCUCCUCCAAUCACGGCGCAGCUCGUUGCGUGACGAGCCGCUCGCCUUCCUUCCUCGCCCAAGAUGGCGGCUGCUGCGGGGCCGCGCCGAGGCGUCGAGGAGCUGGGCUUGCUGGAGAAGUCUUUGGGGCUGAAGAAGGGGAACAAGUACAGCAGCCAGGGAGACCAGAAGAUUCCUGUACUACAGACAAACAAUGGCCCCAGUCUGACCGGGCUGACCACUAUAGCCAUGCACCUAGUCAAACAAGCAAAACAGGACCAGCUGCUUGGGAGUACUGCAGAAGAGAAAGCCGUUGUUCAGCAGUGGUUAGAAUACAGAGUGACACAAGUAGAUAAGCAGUCCAGUAAAGAAGAAACUAGAAUAAUUCUGAAGGAUCUUAAUUCAUACCUUGAGGAUAAAGUCUACGUGACCGGAAACAACUUUACACUAGCAGAUAUUUUAAUGUAUUAUGGACUGCACCACAUCAUAGCUGACCUGACAGUACAAGAGAAGGAGAAAUACUUGAAUGUGUCUCGCUGGUUUAACCAUAUUCAGCAUUAUCCAGGCAUCAGACAACAUCUGUCCAGCAUAGUCUUCAUCAAGAACAGACUCUAUAAGGUGCACUAGAGGAUCACAUAUCAUGUUUGGCGAUCUCGAGAAAUAAAAACCAUCAUUCAGAUCCACUAACAAGCAAGCAUCGUCCCAUCUCUUCCCAUAGCUGAACAGCUGUUGCCUAAAGGAAUAAUGUUGCAUUGAGUAGCUGUCUAGGAAUGUGGACUUCAUCAAAACAAUUGCCUGGCAAAUUCAACAACUGAAAUGUGAAUCAGGGUUUUUUUCCCCUUUCAGAAAGUCAGCCGUCAUUUUAAUCAUACAGACAUGUAGGAACUUGGCAUUUAUUGUAGGAAAACGUAAAUCAACAUUAUUGCAAUAUAUGUUGCUGUGCAAUUUGUCUGACUUGUUUCAUGCAUAGUACUUGCCUGUAUUUUUCUCCCGUUCUCUGGGUGUUUACACUAAUUUUAUAAAAGUGACUAUGGAAAAAAAAUCUAUUGUGCCAAGGUUUUGGAAAAGAGAAAUCAUAUGUUUUGGUAGAAAAUCAUAUUGAUUUGAUAAAUUAUUUUAAAGGUUUUUUUUUAAUUUGGGGUUUAUUUUCUUGGGGGGAAAUGGAAAUUGCUAUGAAAAAUUGAUAUGUCAGAAUAUUCAUUUUGAGAAAUUUUUCUUUUGCUUCCAAAACAGUUAAACUUGACCAGACAUAGACUACUA